AUGACAUUUUUUGAAAGCAUCUGUGUACCCUGGAGUCAGCCGUUUGAUGACUUGAAGGCCAUAGACAUAUGGAUGGGUGUGUGCACGGGCUUCAUUUUCGCUGCUCUGCUUGAGUUCACCCUGGUCAACUAUCUCUGGAGGAAGCGCCCGACGCUUCAGGAGUUCCAGAACGCCAUCUCCAGGGAGCACGAGCACCAAGACCUGCACGACGAGAACAACUGGACCAAUGUCAAGAGCAAGACGAAGCACCACCCGCACCUGCUCUUCCACGAACUCCAGAAGACGGAAUCCAAGAAGCAGGCGCAGAAGAUCGACGAGAUCUCCCGGAUCAUCUUCCCGAUCGGCUUCCUGUGCUUCAACGUCGCGUACUGGCCUUACUACAUGCUAUGA